GUGACAACGAGAAGCUGGAGGAUUCAGGAGUGAAGCAGCUGUGUGGUUUUCUGGAGAGUCCAGCAUGUGGACUUAAAACUCUGAGAUUGGACAGCUGUGGUUUGUCAGAGAUGAGCUGUGAUUAUCUGGCAGCAGCGCUUAAGUCCAACCCCUCACAUCUGAAAGAGCUGGACCUGAGUGAUAAUGACAAGCUGCAGGAUUCAGGAGUGAAGCAGCUGUGUGGUUUUCUGGAGUGUCCAGGAUGUGGACUUGAAACUCUGAGAUUGAGGACCUGUGUUUUGUCAGAGAAGAGCUGUGAAUAUCUGGCAGCUGCGCUGAAGUCCAACCCCUCCCAUCUGAGAGAACUGGACCUGAGUGACAACAACAUGCAGGAUUCAGGAAUGAAACAGCUGUGUGGUUUUCUGGAGGGCCCAGCAUGUGGACUUAAAACGCUAAAAUUGUGGAACUGUGGUUUGUCAGAGAUCAGCUGUGAUUAUCUGGCAGCAGCGCUCAAGUCCAACCCCUCCUAUCUAAGAGAGCUGAACCUGAGUGAGAAUGACAAGCUGCACGAUUCAGGAGUGAAGCAUCUGUGUGGUUUUCUGGAGAGUCCAGCAUGUGGACUUGAAACUCUGAGAUUGUGGAGCUGUGGUUUGUCCGAGACGAGCUGUGAUUAUCUGGCAGCAGCACUGAAGUCCAACCCCACACAUCUAAGAGAGCUGGACCUGAGUGAGAACAACCUGCAGGAUUCAGGAGUGAAGCAGCUGUGUGGUUUUCUGGAGAGUCCAGGAUGUGGACUUGAAACUCUGGGAUUGUUGAGCUGUGGUUUGUCAAAGAUCAGCUGUGAUUAUCUGGCAGCAGCUCUGAAGUCCAACCCCUCCCAUCUGAUAAUGAUGGACCUGGCUGGAAAUAACAUGCAGAAUCCAGAUGUGAAGCAGCUGUGUGAUCUUGAGGAGAAUACAGACUACAGACUGGAGACUCUGAGGUGGAUGUGAUGAGGGUAAACAGGACGAUGUGCGUGCUGAGAGAAGAGGAGCUGUGUCCUGUUGAUCCAGAGAGGUUGAAGCAGCAGCAGCUUGUGUGUAGAGACGCUCUGAGUGUGCCAUGUUACUGUGAGGUGGAGUGGAGAGGAGAGCUUCAUCCAGCAGUGACUGACAGAUGCAUGAGAAGAAGUGCAGAUGACUGUCAGUGCUGCAGAGUGAACUGCUCUGAGAACAGCUCCACUGUCAGACACAAUGUAGAGUCCAGCAUCAUCCCUGUGUGUCCCUCUGGAUCUAAUAGAGGAUCAUCAGUGUAUGUGGACUGCUCUGCUGCUGCUCUGUCCUUCUACAGUCUCUGCACAGUCUCUGUCUGACACUGGCUUCAGACCCUCCUGGAUCAAACUCACCUGGAAAGGCUUUCAGACAUCUUUGAAUAAUAAACAUCAUGUUUUUAUAAGAUAAAUAUCAUGUUUUCAUGUAUGUGUACAUGUAUGUCGACACUAAUGAUCAAUACA